AUGCCUGAACAUCUAUUGAAGGCAGCAGAUGGAGGAAUCAGUACAUCCACUUGGGCGUGUGCGCCAAACCGGCCGGGGCUCACAAUCAAAUUGUUUUCAGGCGAUGCAGUGUUCAUAAGACUCAGGCUGAAAUACUUCCAUGAUCGUACGUGCAUCAAUUUUGUCGAGAAUGCCACAGCACCGAAUCGCAUAAAGGUGCAGCAAGGAGAAUCCUGUUCAUCGCAUAUUGGAAUGAAAGGAGGAGAACAAAUAAUGUCGUUACCCAGCCUUGGGAAUAGCAUCGGAGCAGUGGACCAUGAAUUUAUGCAUGCUCUCGGCUUUGUUCAUACAUACGUACGACACGACAGAGACACAUAUAUCAAAGUCAACCUGGCCAAUGUGGAGGAAGAAAUGAAGAGCACCUUCACCAAGGAAAAUCGUACACUCAACUACACACCUUACGAAUACGGAAGCUUGAUGCAUCAUUCCAGUAUUCACGGUACGAUUAGUACUGUUCCUACAAUGUCUCCUAUGCAGUCGAGAUUCAUGCGCACUAUGGGUGCAACGAUAAUCUCAUUUUACGAUAUCGCAAUGAUCAAUCACCACUACAAAUGCAACGGUAAGUAUUUAUUGAACGAACAAAGCUGA